UUUCAGUACACAAAGCCUUGUUUCUUACUACAUACUGUGUUGGCGGUUGGUUAAAACUUAACUUUCCGUAGCAUAAUUUUUUUUAGAUUUAUAAGUUACGGCCUUUCCGAAGUUAAGAGCGGUAGCGAAUGUCAAACUGUUAAAAAAGAAAAUACAAAAAUAAAAUAUUUUCGAUUCUAGCUUAAGUUGAAGUGUUGAGUAAUCACAAAAAUCAUUUAGAUUUUAUCGACAACUAUUUAACCCUUCGUCGGGCGCAAAUGAUCUGUGCGGCACAUCCAGCACAUUUUUUUUAUCUCGUCUUCCCGAUUUACACCGUUAACUUUGCUUACGCUCAGUAGCUGCCUGUUUUGAAGUGCUCUAUACAGCAAAACCAUUCAGUUUUUGUUUGACCCUCACAACGAGACGUUAUGCAGAGUUUGAUCUGAGAAGCUCAUUGCGCCCAAACUCAUCACAUGUAUUAAAUGUUGGAUACCGAAACAAUGCAGCAACUGAACACAUCAGAUUAUGAGACUGCCAAAUAUUUUGAUUCUUAUGAAUGUUCCCUAAGUCCAGAAAUGAAACUACUUGCCAAAGAAGAGCUGCAUGAAGAUGAUAAUAUACGUCAGCAGGCAUUAAAACAGUUUCGCGAAUGGAUAUCUAAACACCCAUCUAUUAAGAAGUGCCGCACUGAUUCCAUGUUUCUGCUAAGGUUUUUACGCACCAAAAAAUUCUCAGUUCCUGAAGCAUGUGAAAUGCUGGAACGUUAUUUAACUAUACGUCAGUUAUUUCCGCAAUGGUUCUCAAAACUAGAUAUUACAGACUCGGAGAUCAGUGAAAUUUUUGAUAAUGGUUAUCUAAUUCCGCUUCCUGAAAAGGAUGACAAUGGUAGACAAGUAAUACUUUCAGUGGCGAGGAACUUCGAUCCAUACAAAUAUAACUCUGUUCAGAUGGCUCGUAUUCACUCACUUAUUUGCGAAAGCUUAUUAGACGACGAGCAGUCGCAAGUAGCUGGUUAUGUGUACAUAAACGACGAAAGCGGAAUUAAAAUGGGUUUCGCAAGUCUUUGGUCCCUCGCGGAUUUAAGAAGUAUGGUUAAAUGUAUACAGAAUUCCACUCCCAUGAGGCAUAAAGAAACACAUUUCAUUAACAUACCGCAUUUUGCGAACCGUAUUAUCGAGUUGGGAGUAUCAUUGCUCAGCGAAAAACUAAGAAAGCGUAUAGUUAUCCAUAAGACACUUGACGCCUUGAAAGAAAAAGUAAAACCAGCUAUUCUUCCUCGGGAAUAUGGUGGGACCAUUCCGGUUUCUGAUAUUAUUAAACAGUUUAAAUUGAAACUAUUAGAAAAACGAUCGGCGAUUUUAUCCCUUGAUGACAUGUACAUUGAUAUAACGAAACAGCCUAAUAUUUCCUCAAAUAUCGGUUUAAGUGAUGUUGAUGUUGGAAUAGUAGGCAGUUUUAGAAAACUGGAAGUGGAUUGAGUGAUAUGCCCAAGCCUUUUUGUAUACAGUUAUUACAAAAAAAAAAAUCAUGAUUGUAAAUUAAAAGCCAGUAUACCCACUAAUUGCUAAUCAGAAAUACUACAUAUUUUGCUGAUAUAUAUGUACCUUAAAUCAUAAGGCUGUUGUUUUGGUAAAUUUAUAUUUUUAGAAUUUGCAAUCAGUUCAGGAAAUGACGAAAAAAAUUGCCCGAUCAUUGCAUGAGCCAUCCUUUUGUGGUUCUAAGCAAGAUAUGCACCAAAAGUUCCCAUCCAUCCAUGUACCGGUUGAAAUGUUAUGAGAAGUCAAAUGUCACAAUAAAUGGUCACUUUAUUGAAAAAAAACUUUCGUUAUCAA